AAUACAAAUAAGUCACAGGGGCCUGAUGGGAUACACCCAAAGCUAUUAAAAGAGCUCAGCGGUGAACUAGCAAAACCAUUAACAGAUUUAUUUAACCAAUCACUGGCAACAGGAGUCGUCCCAGAAGAUUGGAAAUUAGCAAAAGUUGUGCCGAUUCACAAGAAAGGUAGUAGGGAGGAAUCGGGCAACUAUAGGCCAGUAAGCCUGACAUCAAUAGUGGGGAAAUUAAUGGAAACCAUACUUAAGGAGAGGAUUGUGGAACAUCUAAAAUCCCAUGGAUUGAAAGAUGAAAAACAGCAUGGGUUUACUUCAGGGAGAUCAUGUCAAACUAAUCUUAUUGAUUUUUUUGAUUGGGUGACUAAAACAAAAGAUGGCGGAGGUGCAGUAGACAUCGCUUCUCUAGACUUCAGUAAGGCUUUCGAUACUGUCCCACACAGAAGGCUUAUCAAUAAAUUGCAGUCUUUGGGCUUGGACUCCCAUAUUGUUGAAUGGAUUAGGCAGUGGCUGAGGGACAGGCAACAGAGGGUUGUAGUCAAUGGAGUAUAUUCAGACCAAGGUCGUGUUACCAGUGGGGUACCUCAGGGAUCUGUUCUGGGACCCAUAUUGUUUAAUAUCUUUAUCAGCAAAAUUGCAGAAGGCCUCGAUGGUAAGGUGUGUCUUUUUGCUGAUGACACAAAGAUUUGUAACAGGGUUGAUGUUCCUGGAGGGAUACACCAAAUGGAAAAGGAUUUAGGAAAACUAGAGGAAUGGUCAAAAAUCUGGCAAUUAAAACUUAAUGUGGAUAAGUGCAAAAUAAGGCACCUGGGGCGUAAAAACCCAAGAGCAGAAUAUAAAAUCAGUGAUACAGUCCUAACCUCAGUAUCUGAGGAAAGGGAUUUAGGGGUCAUUAUUUCAGAAGACUUAAAGGUAGGCAGACAAUGUCAUAGAGCAGCAGGAAAUGCUAGCAGAAUUCUUGGGUGUAUAGGGAGAGGCAUUACUAGUAGAAAGAGGAAGGUGCUCAUGCCGCUCUACAGAGCACUAGCGAGGUUGGAGUCUAUCGAGGCUCGCAGCGCAGUCCUACCAGUUUCCUCCCUCGAGGUUGCGGUCGCCUCCACCUCUGCCGCCGCAGACAUUCGCUCUGUCCAGUCCGUCCCCAACGUGACUCCCUCCCACUUUGUCCCGAUCAACAUCAGGAAGGACAUCCUGGAGGAUCAUGCCAGAGGCAGACGCGACAGGCACCACCGUCCCUCCUCUCGAGUCCUUAAGGCUAGUGUAACCAACCACCUUGAGACGGCUCACGCUCUGAUACGCAAUUCCCUCUCACCUAACACAACCAGGGCAUACAACACCGGGUGGAAGACGUUCUGCAGGUUUCGAGGGGAAUGUCCUCAAGGGGACUCCAGUUUUCCAGAGUACAUCCUGGCGUUCAUUGGUUACUGCCACUCAGUGCGCAGGCUCUCCCACGGUACAGUGAGGUCGUACCUGGCGGGAGUGCAACACUUCCUCUCUGUUAGCCAUCCCGAACUAGCGUCAGUGUUUACCAUACAUGCUGUCAAAGCCGCUCUCAAGGGUUUGAGCAAGUGCGGGCCGCAAAGCCAAGUACGCAGGCAAGCGGUCACCGGCCCUCUUUUCCGCAAACUGUCCGACGCCUUGGACGGUAAUCCUUUCGGGGUUUUGGCCAGCUUGGUACUCAAAUCCGCCAUCUAUCUAGCCUUUUACGGCUUCCUGAGACCUGGGGAGUUCACCUGUUCGCCAGGCAGUAGCAAGUUCCUCACGGUCAGUCAGCUGGUCCAGAACUCCGACGGGUUCAUAUUACUGCUCAAAACGUCCAAGACCUCCCAGAUGGGCCCCCCUGUUCCGAGGCUUAACAUUAUAAUCAAAGUAAUUCCAGUUUAUCUUAAGACCAGCGAGAGCGCCAAAUUCAUCUAUAAUUUGGAUUACAUAUUGGACUUUGGCUCCAUCAUUUAA